CCAGCACCGCGUUGGGGCGCGGAGGAAUGGGGUAAACGCGCCCUGCUCGGCGCUCGCUGCGGACCGGCACCUGGCACCGCGCUCCCAGAUCUGCAGAGCCUCCAUCUCGCCGCCGUCAGCUGAUUUACGUCUCGGUUCUGUGGGUCUUCCUUGUUGUUUUUUUUUUUUUUCCUCCCGACCGUGCAUCUUCAUCGCCGAGGAGGAAAAACUUUCGGGGAGGGCUGGCUCUGAGUGCCCGCACGCCGCGGAGGAGAGGGGUGAGGCAGCGCGCGGGGCGAGCUUGGCGAGGCUGGCUCCAUGUAUCCGGAAUCCACCACGGACUCCCCGGCACGACUCUCGCUGAGGCAGACGGGCUCCCCCGGCAUGAUCUACAGCGCGAGGUAUGGGAGCCCCAAGCGCCAGCUCCAGUUCUACAGAAAUCUGGGCAAGUCUGGGCUGCGUGUUUCCUGCCUCGGCCUGGGGACAUGGGUGACAUUCGGAGGGCAGAUCACAGACGAGAUGGCCGAGCAGCUGAUGACUUUAGCGUACGACAACGGCAUUAAUCUGUUCGACACGGCAGAAGUCUACGCUGCCGGCAAGGCCGAGGUUGUGCUGGGAAACAUCAUCAAAAAGAAAGGCUGGAGACGAUCCAGCCUGGUCAUCACCACCAAGAUCUUCUGGGGAGGAAAAGCAGAGACGGAGCGGGGUCUGUCCCGGAAGCACAUCAUUGAAGGUCUGAAGGCGUCGCUGGAGCGGCUGCAGCUGGACUACGUGGACGUGGUGUUUGCCAACCGGCCCGACCCCAACACACCCAUGGAAGAGACGGUGCGCGCCAUGACCCACGUCAUCAACCAGGGGAUGGCCAUGUACUGGGGCACGUCGCGCUGGAGCUCCAUGGAGAUCAUGGAGGCGUACUCAGUGGCACGGCAGUUCAACCUGAUCCCACCGAUCUGCGAGCAGGCUGAGUACCACAUGUUCCAGCGGGAGAAGGUGGAGGUGCAGCUGCCUGAGCUCUUUCACAAGAUAGGUGUCGGUGCCAUGACCUGGUCACCGCUGGCGUGCGGCAUCGUCUCAGGGAAGUAUGACGGCGGCAUUCCUCCGUACUCAAGAGCAUCACUGAAGGGGUACCAGUGGCUGAAGGACAAGAUCCUGAGCGAGGAGGGCCGGCGGCAGCAGGCUAAGCUGAAGGAGCUGCAAGCCAUCGCCGAGCGCCUGGGCUGCACGCUGCCACAGCUCGCUAUCGCAUGGUGCCUGCGCAACGAGGGCGUCAGCUCCGUGCUGCUGGGAGCCUCCAACGCCGACCAGCUGAUGGAGAACAUCGGAGCCAUACAGGUCCUUCCCAAGCUGUCGUCUUCCAUCGUCCAUGAGAUCGAUAGCAUCCUGGGCAACAAACCCUACAGCAAGAAGGACUACCGCUCCUAGGCGCCCGGCACGCCGCCCCGCCGCCCGAUCGCUUGCUUACGCUUGGAUGAAGCAAAGUGGAGAGCGCGGCCCGCAUCAAGAACAGCACGCCAAGAGUGUAGAGAAACCGUUCCAAACGUCGCUGCAAGAGAACAUAACGCUUACUACAUAACAUUUACUUUGAAUGCAAGAAAGCCGCCGCCGGGGAGAGUGCUGGGCAGCGCGCGCCCGCGCCUGGACUCGGAGCCGCGGGGCGCACGGCCAGGCUCUGCGCUGCGCUGCUGGGGGCGUCCCGGCUCCGUGCGGAGGACUCAGCCGGCGGGGGCCGUCCUGGGCGGCGGCCGCAGCCGUUGCAUGCGUCUCCCUGCUGCUUCUCUUCUUUACUUUGUGUUUCCGGACAAGGAGGCCGUUGGGUGCAGCUGUGCUCAGAGCACCGCGGGAGCGUUACGUGCGCAGGGCUGGGUGCUGGCCCGGAUCAGCGCCGGGGCUGUAAGAGGCUGCUGUGCGACACCACCAACAAACCACCACCACCCCUCCUUCCAGCGCUCUGCUCUGCAGCCCCGGCACGCUGCGUCUGUGCCCUUGCCUGGGAUGGGCGUGAGGGAGGAGAAGAUGGGUGGGCAACGGGAAUCCCUGGGCGGGGGGACUCCGCACAGCCCCUCCCCAGGCAGCGCCUGCUGUCCCUCUCCCCGUGCAGGGGAAACAGCAAACGCUGCUGCGUGGAGGUGGAGCAGUGAACGUGCGUGCAGGUGGGAUAGAUAAGGGAGAGCUGCCAUUUUUAUAUAUCUGCACAAACCACGCAGAAAUACACAUAAGCAGGUAUAUAGAAUUGCAUAUCUGCGUGCAUCUGUAGGCAAUGUACAGAUGUGUCACUGUGCUGACAUCACACAAGCACACCUACAUACAUGUACACGCUGGGAUGGCACCGAGCACCACGGCACAUGGUGCCACUGCCCGGGGCUGUGGGCUCCAAGGGGGGCAGCAGGGGGGGUCCAGGCAGGGGCUGGCUCCUCCCCGAGCAUUGUGCCCCCCUCCCACCCUGAUCCCUGGGGUGGAAGAGCAGAGCUCCCCUGGUCGCCAGCACAAUAACGACGCUGCUCCCACCUCCUUUUUACAGGAUUUAUUAAAACACAGAGAACAUGAACCAAAACACACAGAGUACAAAGUAAAUGUGAGUGUGUUGGUUACAGGUGCCAUAAACCUCCUACGAAAGGUCACCACGGUGCAGUCAGUAUCACAAAAUAGCAGCCCACCAGGCACAAAGGCAGCAGUCCGGCCACCCUCUGCUCUGCUGCAGCAGCCCCCACGACCCCCCCCCCAGCUCCAGGCAGCUUGUGGCCGCAGAGAGGAUGGAAGGAAGCCCUGCCCAACCGUGCUCUCCUCCGUGCAGCAUGGCGAGGGCAGGUUGCAGGCAGAGGGACCCAAGGCAGGGCUCACUGCAGCCCAGGGAUGGGCUGGGAGCGGUGGCAGCCGACUCCUCUCCUCCUCCUCCUCCUCCUCUCUGCUCCCUGUGCUGCAGCAGGGCAGCGGUGGGCAUGCGCUUGCUCAAACACAAAAAGGACAUAAAAAUAGAACUUACAGGGAAGCUACUGAACUGGAGAAAGCUUGGCGCCUAACGGUCAGCGUGGAACUGGACUAGAAACAGAGCUUCCAACAGGUCUCCCUUUAACUCUGAUACAUGUCAAUAAAAACAGACAUAAAUACUGUUA